UUUCUCUGAUCAUAUCCUUCAACUCUCCUACGGUCAUGACUUCCAGAUUGACGUGAAGAACGAGGUUUUUACAAGUUCUGUAUUCGAAGGACUUUAUGCAUCGUACAGUGAGGAUGGCAUCAGUGGUUGGACGGGAGUGGUUUGUGAGAUUGUCUGAAUCCAUGGCUUCCAAAGUCUGAAUAGUGAAGGUCAAAAUUUACAGCGCAAAGAAAUUGUUCCAAAGAAAAAAAAUAAAUUGGGCAUAAGCUCUGGCUGUCCUGCUAAUUUUUUCUUCCCUUCCUACUUAAUCUUUUAACCAUGCACGGAAUCGAUUCUCCAGUGGGUCUAACCGAGCGCAUAGAUAUUAAUACCGAGAACACAGCUCCACAAACCAACGACAGUUUCUCCCAGCAAUACUAUUCCCCCAUCUCACCCCUGGAUAAAAUGAGUGCUUCCAACAAACGAUUCUCUUAUACCAAGCGACUUUCUUCUCCCAAUCUAUGGCGUAUACGCGAAUCACAGAUUUUAAAACCUUUAACCACCGUAGAAAACUCCACUUCUCCUUUUAUCGCUACUUCAGCAUUGGCUGAGGCUGAAAAUGAGCCGAUUGCGCGAAGCUUGAAUGGCAAAGAACGAACAUCUACCAAAGAAGAGGAACAGCCAUCACAAACAACCAAAGUCGAGCCUGAAGAAAAGCCAAUGACGCGUCAAGUCGACAAGCCAGUAGCCAAGGCUACGUCUCGCACUCCUCCAGUUCCUUCUUAUAUGCGAUUUACAGAAGCGUAUAAGCGAUCUAAAGGACUAUUAAAGAAUGGCGAAGAGCGUGAGAUUCCUCAUCAUUAUCGCGAAGAUAAAAUGAAUCUCAAGAAGAAUGAACGCGCUACAAACGCGAGAAACAGACUGACAUCCACGAAAGCUUUGCUCGGUCCAAAAACAGAAGGCAUCAACAAAAGAAGUACCAUUCCACAACCCUUCCAUUUUCAUUCUUCCCUACGCUCACACGUUAUCGAAGAAGCCAACGAUAAUGAGCAUGGUUCAGAUGAGCCUUUUGUGUCUAUGGCCGUGCGCAUUAGACAAUUUGAGGAAAAUAUAGCGGGCAGAGGAUUUGAGCAUACUUCCAAGCAGAAAGAGGCCAAGCACUCAACAGAAGAAGCUCAUAAAUAUGUCGUUCCACGAUCACCGAAGUUGCUCACAAAAAUUAGGCAUGAGCAAGGACCUCAUCAUAACCAUGAAAGUACAAAUGAUCAUCCAUCGGAACGACAAUCUUCUCAAGCAUCUACGGCGAAGCCACCUCAUGGCCAACAUUCCAGCAAAGAUUCUCGCUCCAAUGUAAAACUUGACAGUAGACCUCCAAGAUUUCUUACAGCAGCUCGCGCAACGCGUAUUCCAUCUCUCAACGCCGACAACAGCAAGUCCUCAGAACAGAGCUAUGCACAAACUGACUCUUUGAAGUCGUUGAAGAGGAAAAGAGAAGGAAACAGUGAUGUGGUAAACAAGCGGUUGCGACCAGUAGGAGAGGCAUUAUCGAACAAGAAGCAAGCUACUAAAGGAUUCACACCUACGAUACCCAAACCUUUUUCGUUCCAAACCGAUUUACGUGGUCAACAUUAUCAAGACCAGUUCCUUGAGAAACUAGACAUGUGGAGAAAGCGCGAUCAAGCUCCGCGUGAAUAUCAUGCAAAGCCUGCACCCCACUAUCCACCACCCAUAGCCAUCAAGCGAUCUGUCAAGCCCUUGACGGCGGCACAGGAUCUAGUUUUGCAUAGUCAGAUUAGAGCACUGGAGAGGAAAACAGCAGAAGAUGAAAAGAAAUUGAACGAAAAGCUAGCUGCUAUUAAGCAGAGCGUGCGUCGACCACAACAGGAAACCAAUGCCAAAUCGCAUCUUCCAGUUCGUGAAACAAGGCGUGCAUAAUAGUCGCCAUGACUCUUUCACCAUAAUCCCCAUCUUGACCUCCUUCUGUUUGUAAUUAUCUCUAUACCUACACCUUAUGUGAUGCCGCACACACCCAAAUACCAUUAUUAUCAAUAAAUACAUAGCCCUCGAAAUAGUUAAUGCCGAAAUAGAUUAGGAUCAGCGAUGUAUUGAUAGAAAGACAAAAGUAUUAUUUACAGGCCUGCAGACGGCGGACACGCUAGUGAGAGUGCCGGGAUAAUGUAUGGAACGCAGGC